UUGAGGAAUUACUCAUGUCCCUUCUUUACCUAAACUUACCAAGAUAUAAUGAUAAUUCAAUCUUCGCUCAUUACGUUUCAUUACCAGGCUACUACAAACCCGCUCAUUUUUAGCAUGAAAUUCUUGGAUAUAUAGGGUAGCUAAUUACGUAUGUCCGCUCUCGGGUCCAUCGAUACACAACAAGAUGAUAACUCAGACUCCCAACAAGGCAUCGUCAAGUAUCAAGGCUCCGCAUCAGCCUCUUCAUCAACACCACAAUGCCUUGAGGAAACCUACCAUCGCUAUUGAGGACCGGCCGAGGCUGAAGCUAAUUUUGGCUCUUUUUGGCCUCCUUUCGCUCGCCUGGUUUAUAAAAUUAAAUUUUAAACAAUGUCCUUCUAUCUUAGACCUUAAACAAGCCACCCGGUCGGAAUUUGAACCAGAGAUCCCACGUCAAAUUCCUGCUUCGCUACAGGCUCAGACGCCGCUGGAGUGCUUUCAAGUCGCGCAACCUGUGCUUACCCCCAAUGGUCCGUCCGGUAGUAGGCCCAAAUCCGCAGAGGGCCCCUCGCCAGAAAAGGCUUGUUCGGUCCUAUUAAUGGAACAUGUUUUUGCAUUUAGCUAUGGCACGCCAUUCGUUGGAAAUUAUACACCACCUAGCUGCCCUUUUAAUCGAGUUAUUAUGAACUUCACUGUUGUCUCUCAAGGCCGUCAAUUCGACCGCCUGGCACUGAUGUACUUUGGCGACACCGAAGUAUGGCGUACUUCGACCGCAGAGCCAACAUUACCUCCGGGUAUACGUUGGACAUUCUUAAAGGAUAUGACCGAGUACCUUUACUUUUGGAAAUCCCCCCAGAAAUUAAUUUUCGACCUAGGCAACCUGGUAGACGACAAGUAUACCGGGUCAUUCAAUGCCACUUUAACUGCCACAUAUUUUACGGCUGAUAUUGAGACUGGCGAAGGAUCUCCGGCAGACUUGAUUAUCCCAAUAUCUGCGAGAAAAGGGGACGCGAAUGGGGCAAGCCAUUUUACGCUUCCAGCAGACGAUGCGACUAACAAUAUCAGUUUCCCUCGAAAUACUAAUCGAGCUGUCUUCACCAUCUCGGCAAACGGACAGGCUUCGGAGGAAUUCUGGUGGGGAAAUGUUCCGCAAAGCGAUACUCUCACGUUUCGCCAGACUGCUGGACAACUGCCUGGACUGUCUCCCUUUCGUGAAGUCCAAUUGCUCAUCGACGGUAAGCUUGCUGGAGCUCAAUGGCCGUUCCCAGUGAUAUUUACCGGCGGAGUGGUGCCUAGUCUGCAUCGGCCCAUCGUUGGCUUACAAGCUUUUGACUUAAGAGAGCAACAGAUUGAUAUCACCCCAUGGUUACCUAUGCUAUGUGAUGGAGUUGAUCACACAUUUGCCAUCAGGGUUGCCGGCUUAAAUAACUCAGAAAAUAUUACCGACCUUACACUAACAGAAAGGGUCAACGACAGCUGGUACGUUACGGGUAAAAUAUUUAUAUGGCUAGAUAAAGAAGGAUCGGUGACUACUGGCACCGGCCCUUCAGUAGAGAUCGCCGGACCAAUAAUUUCGCUUUCGAGCCAAGUUUUCCAGAAUGCAACAGGGUUUAACGAAUCGCUGGCUUUCAACAUGACCGUUCAGAGGACGAUUACUAUCAAAUCAGAUAUCAAGUCGGAGAGUCAAAAUGGAGAGACUACUUGGUCUCAAAAUCUCUCAUAUUCGAACCGAGCCCUGAUGUCGAACUUUGGAACCACUCAGAUCAAUGACUUUAGUAUUACUGGAACGGAUUCUACUACCGGGCCUAGUACCUCUUACAAGGCGAUUUAUAGCUAUCCGCUAUAUUGUAAUCAAACGUACUUAAGAUCGCCUCAGGGUAAUCUAACGAUAAGUGCGCAUCUAAUAGAAGGACUCGAUCUUCAAGUAGAGGGGAACUCCGUCUUCCCCACAGGCCUCGAAGCUUUCGAAGGUGACACUGUUAGAAAGAACCCGUACUCUACUUCGUAUCUUAAAACUCACCGCGACGGUACCGCGUCCUUCUUCCGGACGGGAGAUGGUAAGAAUAGUUCUGGCUAUGGCUCAACCAACCAGAUCUUCUACUUCGGUGGCUCCAGUGAGAAAGCUACUCCAGAGGGUGGAAGUGGUGUUGACGAGCUCUACUUCCGAAAUGUGACGGCGGUGAAUGGCACUGUUGCGUCCGACUCGGAGAGGAUAGAAGGGGUACAGACUUAUGGCUUCAGUCGGGUAUCAGAGCUUCAUAGUCCUGUCGAAGCAGCGUUGACUUUAUUUGCUGAUGUCUCUGCCAAGGUGCCAAGGUCGAAGACUUCGAUAGGAAAAGAUACGGAUGACCACAGAACACAUAAUAAUCCCUCGAGGCAAGUUUAACUUCCUUAAAGUGGCGGGUAUGCUAUCAAGGGAGGUCCUAUUGUAUUAUUAUAAUAAAGCUUAGAAGACAUUCGUAUUUAUUAUAGAUAGAAAGUUAUAUCUUAAUUAUUAAUUCUAUAUUUGACUCA